GAAAAUUAAAUAAAUCAAUAAUCAACCUACAGCACGACGCCAUUGUUUCCUAUGGCUCGACAAGUCACAAAAUUCAUCACCGAUUUAUCAACAAACCUUUCUUCUAAAUCGUUUUCGCAAUCUCGAUGUCUCGCCACGGCCCCGGCAGUGUUCGUUGAUAAAAACACACGUGUCAUUUGUCAGGGGAUCACUGGUAAAAACGGCACGUUUCAUACUCAACAAGCCAUCGACUACGGCACUAACAUGGUAGGAGGAAUUAAUCCGAAAAAGGGAGGGACUGAGCACCUGGGGCUUCCUGUUUUCAAAUCAGUUGCAGAAGCAAAAGCUGAAACCAAAGCUAAUGCAUCUGUAAUAUAUGUUCCUCCACCUUUUGCUGCUAAGGCUAUCAUGGAAGCACUCGAGGCUGAAUUAGAUUUGAUUGUGUGCAUCACGGAAGGAAUUCCUCAGCAGGACAUGGUUAAAGUCAAAGCUGCUCUCUUACAGCAAUCAAAAACCCGUCUGAUUGGUCCUAACUGCCCUGGCAUCAUAAAGCCUGGAGAGUGCAAGAUUGGAAUUAUGCCUGGGUACAUUCACACACCAGGAAGGAUAGGAAUUGUCUCUCGAUCUGGCACUCUGACUUAUGAAGCGGUUUUCCAAACAACUGCGGUUGGCCUAGGGCAAUCAACCUGUGUUGGUAUCGGUGGGGAUCCUUUCAAUGGGACAAAUUUUGUGGAUUGCAUGAAGAAGUUUAUUGCUGAUCCGCAGACAGAAGGUAUAGUUCUUAUCGGUGAGAUAGGUGGUACAGCAGAAGAGGAGGCUGCAGCCCUCAUAAAGAAAAGCGGGACUGAAAAACCCAUAGUUGCUUUUAUUGCUGGACUCACUGCUCCACCUGGGCGACGUAUGGGUCAUGCUGGAGCCAUAGUAUCAGGUGGAAAGGGUACCGCGCAAGACAAAAUCAAGACCCUCAAGGAAGCUGGAGUGACAGUAGUAGAGUCUCCGGCAAAGAUAGGGACAGCCAUGCUCAGCGUUUUCAAACAACGAGGUCUUCUCUAGGCGUGCUCUGCCAUUUCUGAUAGUUGGGAGUUAAUUAUACAUCUUUCAAACAACAUACUACCGUCUACCUAAUAUCUUUUCUCCAGGCAUCUCUAAAUAAACACUCACUCAGUCCUUGUAAUGUUUAAUCUGCACUAUAUCUUUGGGUAAUACAAAUGAGUUAAAGUUUUCCCUU